AUUUUCACAUUCUAUUUCCAAUUCCACCAUGGCUUCCUCCUCCUUCUCCCUUCUGCUUCCCUUCCUCCUCUUCCUCUUCUCUUUUACCGGCGCGCAGGAGCUGUUCCAGAACUGCGAUCCUAGCGCGGGAAAUUUCAGCGAAAACAGCAGCUACCAAUCCAACCUCGAACGACUCCUCUCCACCCUCGCCUCCGACGGCUACGCCACCGGCUUCCUCAAUACCAGCGUCGGGGGAGGCUCCGACCAGGUGUUUGGCCUCGUCAACUGCCGCGGCGACAUCAACGCCACCGAGUGCCGCUCCUGCCUAUACACCGCCACCGCCGAAGUCACCCGCAACUGCCCUAGUAACAGGGGCGCCGAGGUGUGGUACGAGUUCUGCCUCGUCCGCUUCUCCGACCAGCCGCUGCCCACCUCCUCCUCCAACCGACAGCAGCUGGCGUUUAACAACGUGGACGACGCCCCGGAACCGAACCGGUUCGCCUGGCUGUUGGGGAUGCUGAUGAACCGGACCGCCGACGCGGCGGCCAAUUCCAGCAAGCGGUUCGCGAUCGGGGAGGCCAGCUACUACACGGCAGAGUUCCCCUCCAUCUACGACGUGAUGCAGUGCACGCGCGACCUGUCGCAGGAGCAGUGCAGGGAGUGCCUGGGCACUCUGUUCGUUCCGAUGCCGCCGUCGUUCGUGGGAAAACAGGGGGGGAGGGUACUCGGCGAGAGCUGCAGCAUGAGGUUCGAGCUCUAUCCCUCCUUCUUCGAAGGUUCCCCCACCCUCAACAUCUCUGUGCCCCCGCCGUCAGCGAUGCAACCGGCUCCGCCGCCCACCUCCUCCGGAGGGAGAGAUACGACUACAGUUGUUCUGGCAACCGCGAUACCGGCGGUAUUCGUAUUAUCACUGGCCUCCAUCAUUUUCAUUUGCUACCGGCGGCGGCUGAGGAAGCAGGCGUCAUUGGGAUCGCUCUAUGAAACUGAUCCGGAGAAGAUCAAUAGCGUGGAAUCUCUGUUGUUUGAUUACCACACACUAAAAGUUGCGACUGGCAAUUUCUCUGAGGAGAAUAAACUCGGGGAAGGCGGAUUCGGAGCGGUUUACAAGGGAACGCUACCGAAUGGACAAGAAAUAGCAGUGAAGAGACUCUUGAACUCAGGGCAAGGCCUCGGAGAGCUCAAGAAUGAGCUGGUUUUGGUGGCUAGGCUCCAACACAGAAAUCUUGUAAAACUUUUUGGUGUUUGCUUGGAGCAGGAGAAGAUGAUUGUUUAUGAAUAUGUUCCCAAUAGAAGUCUCGACACAUUUCUUUAUGAUUCAGUAAAAGGGCGAGAACUGCAUUGGGGAACAAGAUACAAGAUUAUCACAGGAAUUGCUCGAGGCUUGCGCUAUCUACACGAGGAGUCUCAGCUAAAAAUCAUACAUCGAGAUUUAAAAGCCAGCAACGUUUUGUUAGAUGCAGAAAUGAACCCCAAGAUCUCAGACUUCGGUUUAGCUAAGCUUUUUGAUGUCGAUCAGACUCAGGGCAUUACGAAUCGAGUUGUGGGAACUUUCGGAUACAUGUCGCCGGAGUAUGCAAUGCACGGGCAGUUUUCGAGCAAGUCUGAUGUAUUCAGCUUCGGCGUUUUAGUUUUGGAGAUUUUGACGGGAAGGAAAAACACUGGUUCGUAUAAUUCUGAAAUGGCAGAAGACCUUAUGAGCUAUAUAUGGGGGAAAUGGGAUGGAGGUGCAGCAUUGGAGAUCGCAGACCCAGCUUUGGGUGGAGACUAUGAAGCGAAUGAAAUGCUGAGAUGCAUUCAGAUUGGGUUACUAUGUGUUCAGGAGAGCCCAUAUGACAGGCCGACCAUGUCCACUGUGGUUGUGAUGCUGAAUGCUGAAACUGUGUCUCUUCAAGCUCCUACCCGGCCGGUAUUUUCUAUCGGGCAUAGUCGUCUCGCCGUGGACUCGGGCUUCAGCUCGAACGCUUCUAGUAAUCGAGUCGGAGCGUAUGACAGAGACAAUAAGUCAUUGCUCAUCACACCCACAGCAGAGGAUGUCUCCAUUUCAGAAGUAGAACCUAGAUGAAAAAAUACUGAGACUUUCUCCAUGAAGUUUGGAUGUUUGGAGUUUCAAACACAUUAGCACAGAGAAAUUUUAGCUUAAUUGUUUUGCUAUGGAAUUUCCUAGUAGACACAACUAAACUAAUGAAUAUAUCUGAAGUGUGGAUGGAUUGGAUUC